UAACACGUGAGGACAGAAGGGUCAGCUCGGCCUCUGAUUGGCUGGUUUUAAUGUGCGAGACUUUUAACAGCAACAUGAAUUCAUUGAAGUCAGCGUACUUUCUGCCACUGAACAGUUAGUUAAUGGUUCUGUUCGAUCCAGAGGACAACCGAGAACGCAGACGAAAGAUGCUGAAGAGGGUUGAUGUUACAUUUGGAAAGGAGAACUCGGGUAUCAAUGCCUAACACCACGGCCACCCAAGAGAAAAAUAGUGAUAGCUCAGUCUCCAACUCAAGCAUGGCUCCAAUAGAGGAGAUGAAGGAGUAUUUUGGACAGUUUGGCCCAGUGAAGAGGUGUCUCCUUCCUUUUGACAGAGAGACCGGCUUCCACAGAGGGUUCUGCUGGGUUGGGUUCUUCACAGAGGAGGGACUGAACAACGCGUUGCAGAAGGACCCCCAUAUUCUGGAAGGAGCAAAGCUUCAGGUUCAGAGGAACAGACGUCCCUUUGCAGGACAGAAGUCCAAUCAAGACGGAUACCUUGACUGAAGAUUGGCGAUUCUGCUGAGCAGAUGAGACCAAACGGAUGUUUUUUUUUUGUUUUUUUUUAAUGGACUCUUUCAUUCCUGCUGCUUAAUAUCUAAAUGAACCAUUCAGACAGAAGCAUGAUCCAUUUGUCUGAACGGAUCCCAACAUCAGGAAGGAUUUCUGCGUUAUUCAGUCUCACUGGAAUUGAGCCUCAACUUUAGUGUCAGGUCUUUAAAGGGAUGUCCACUAAUCAGAUCUGUAUUUAUUGUGAAAAAUAUUCCUCUCCAUCACAUGAAGUCAGUUGGUUUCAGACAAUAAAAAUGUGUAUUGCUACCA